GCCGCCUCCUCCAGCCCUCGGCCGUCGACCUCACUCGCAGGCUUCGCGCCUCUCGCCGGCACGUCGCCUUGGCCACGCCUUCUUUUCUGUCCGCUCCCUGCGGCGCGUGCCCCCGGAGCUUUUGCGCCGGGACGGGUCACGGCUUCUCUCGCCCGCCCUGCCCAUCUGCCGGGCCUUCAGACGUCGCGAUGGGCGCGUAUCUUUCCCAGCCCAACACGGUGAAGAGCUCUGGGGAUGGGGAGGGCACCUCGGGCCCGGGAGGACACGGCGCUCCGCGCCUGCCGCUACCUUACGGCUUCUCGGCCAUGCAAGGCUGGCGCGUUUCGAUGGAGGAUGCUCACAACUGUAUUCCUGAAUUGGAUAGUGAGACAGCCAUGUUUUCAGUCUAUGAUGGACAUGGAGGGGAGGAAGUUGCUCUAUAUUGUGCCAAAUAUCUCCCUGAGAUCAUCAAAGAUCAGAAAGCAUACAAAGAAGGAAAACUACAGAAGGCUUUGGAAGAUGCCUUUUUGGCUAUUGAUGCCAAACUGACUACAGAAGAAGUCAUUAAAGAGCUGGCACAGAUUGCAGGAAGGCCCCCUGAGGAUGAGGAUGAAAAGGAAAAGGUGGCAGAUGAGGAUGAUGUGGACAAUGAGGAGGCAGCCCUGCUUCAUGAAGAGGCCACCAUGACCAUUGAGGAACUUCUAACACGCUACGGGCAGAACUGUCACAAGGGCCCUCCCCACAUCAAGGCUGGGGCUGGGUUGGGUGAGGAACCAGGGUCCCAGGGCCUCAAUGGGGAGGCAGGGCCUGAGGAGCCGUCAGGGGAAUCCCCUGUGGAGGAGAAUGGCCCCCUAGCUGAGGCCCACCCAGACCUUUCCUCCAACUUGGAACGUGGGACUGAGGCAGUCCAGGGUGAUGAGCCUCUCACCCCCACUGGAGAGGCUGGCCCCUCCUGCUCUUCCACCCCCGCCAAGCCACCUCGUGCUGCUAAGUCCAAGUUCUUUGAGGACAGUGAGGAUGAGUCAGAUGAGGCAGAGGAGGAAGAGGAAGACAGUGAGGAGUGCAGUGAAGAUGAGGAUGGCUACAGCAGUGAGGAAGCUAAUGAGGAAGAUGAAGAUGACACAGAAGAGGCAGAAGAGGAGGAUGAAGAAGAGGAAGAGGAGGAGAUGAUGCUGCCUGGGAUGGAGGGCAAAGAGGAGCCCGGCUCCGACAGUGGCACAACAGCAGUGGUGGCCCUGAUUCGGGGAAAGCAGCUAAUCGUGGCAAAUGCAGGGGACUCCCGGUGUGUGGUGUCUGAAGCUGGCAAAGCCUUGGAUAUGUCCUAUGACCAUAAGCCUGAAGAUGAAUUGGAGUUAGCACGAAUCAAAAAUGCUGGUGGCAAGGUCACUAUGGAUGGGCGAGUCAACGGGGGCCUUAACCUCUCUCGAGCUAUUGGUGACCACUUCUAUAAGAGAAAUAAGAACCUGCCCCCCGAGGAACAGAUGAUCUCGGCACUCCCUGACAUUAAGGUGCUAACCCUCAAUGAGGACCACGACUUCAUGGUUAUUGCCUGUGAUGGCAUCUGGAACGUGAUGAGCAGCCAGGAAGUGGUGGACUUUAUCCAGGCCAAGAUCAGCCAGAGGGAUGAAAAUGGGGAGCUUCGGCUGCUCUCCUCCAUCGUAGAAGAGCUGCUGGAUCAGUGCCUGGCACCUGACACUUCUGGGGACGGCACUGGGUGUGACAACAUGACCUGCAUAAUCAUCUGCUUCAAACCCCGAAGCACGGCAACACCCCUGCCUGAAAGUGGCAAGAGAAGACUAGAGGAGGUUGUGACCCCCGAAGCCACUGGAGAAAAUGGCAGCAAUGAUAACAGCAAGAAAGCCAAACAGGAAUAGCAACUGUCUCCUCCCCUGCCCACCCAGACUGUUUUCUGAGCCCAUCGGACUUGAGACUGAGUUUUGUCUUUUUCAUUUAGCCUUAGCAGUGGAAAUGAGGUGUGCAGGGGGAUCGGGGUGGCUUUGCUCAUUAGCCCAUUCCAAAGAGGGCUCUCCCUCCACCCAGCACACUGCGGGAGCCCCUUCUUUCUCCCCCAACUGGUCCCCUCAUCGGGCAGUGGGAGAGGUGGAGCACGGCACCAGCUGGAGGCCUUGACCCUGUGCAAGUCACCAUUAAUGUGCCUGUGCUGUUGUGUUGGAGGGAAGGACUGGUGGUUCUGGUUUUUACUCUGUGAACACUUUAUUUAAGAACUUUCUUUUUUAUUGGCGGCUCCCUGGUCCCUUAGCCGCCUCCACCCACUCUGUUGUACACUUUCAAUCAACACUUUUUCAGACUAAAGGCCAAAACCCAA